AUGGCGGGUGACAAGGAUCCUUUCAAGCAGAUGAAGGAUCUCAACCAGCUUAAGAAUCAACUGGAAGAUAUCCAGAAACGUGUGGAGACUGAAUUUGCAGCAGGAAUUCCACAGGGGGGCUCUGUGCUGGCAUCUCCCUUUUUGAAGGGGUUCCUGGCUGGGUACGUGGUGGCCAAGCUCCGCUCCUCAGCUAUCUUAGGAGUGCUACUAGGAACAUUCACAGGCAUCUAUGCUGCACAGAACUAUCAGGUGCCCAACAUUGAAAGCACUCUGAAGGACUAUAUGAGUUUGUUUAGAAAAGGACCAAAGUAA